GUGUAAACAGCGUGUGUACUUUUAUUUGAGUACUUUUACAAGUAUUAUAGUUUUUAGUGUUGUGUAUGGACUGGACUGGGUUUAUGAAUAGUUCUUAGGACAUUGUGUUCCUGUUUAUAUAUUCGGAAAUGGUUAUUCUUUCAAGAAGAGCGGACAUGUCAGAGGGUCAAUCCACACCGGAAUGGGACAUAAAUGACGCUGUCGUGCCUCGCGUGGCACACUUCGAUACGUUUGGAGAAUGGUGCGACGGCCACGUGAGAAGGGUGUACCCUCCCGGCUGUGAGGAGGCGCGGAGACACGCGUCCGGUUGGGCCAUGAGAAACACCAACAACCACAACGUUCAUAUCCUUAAGAAGAGCUGCUUGGGAGUCCUGGUCUGCUCCACCAGGUGUCGACUUCCAGAUGGAUCACGAGUCCAUUUAAGACCUGCCAUAUGCGACAAAGCGAGAAAAAAGCAACAAGGUAAACCGUGUCCAAACCGUCUCUGCAAUGGAGGAAGAUUGGAAGUUCAACCUUGCCGUGGCCACUGCGGCUACCCGGUCACACAUUUCUGGCGCCACACAGAACAUGCAAUAUUCUUCCAAGCCAAAGGCUCUCAUGAUCACCCACGACCGGAAGCGAAAGGGGCAAGUGAAGUCCGAAGAUCGCUGGGGGCCGGAAGAAGAGUCAGAGGGCUAGCGCUACUGCUCGCGAGAGAGGCGGCCAUUGCGGACAAAAUAUUGACGGUCAAACCUGAUAAACAAGUUCAACAGAAGGCUAAUGUACACCCGCAACCACCACCUUUAAUACCAGACAGUCAGCGAGCAUUAACAUGCACAUGUGGUCCCUUUGAGUGUAGCUGCCGGUGGAGACCAGACGUAUCAACAGAGCCCUACUCAACAUACUCCUGGACUCCGUCAGACCAACAGCACUUUAACAACUACGCUCCAGCCUCAUCCCUUCAGACGCUUCCACAACAAUCAUACGACCCUAGUACACUUCCAUCCGAUGACAUAUUCCAUCCUGAGGAAAUAUUCCAAUUAGACCAACCAAUUCGCCUAGACUUUCCAAUGGAAGAAAACACAUUAGAAUCACCUCCAACUUUCGCUGAUUUAAACAGCGAGAACUCGAGACCUGAAGAUUCUUAUUGGUUCGAAUGGCAGAGAGCUCCUGGGGGCUCAGAGUCCAGCGAUACGUCAUCACCGGAACUGUUUGGGAACGGAUACCAACAAAUGGAGUCUUACUGUGAACAGCAGAGUUAUCCUCACCAACCGUUUUACCCUGAAGAAGGCCAAUACUAUCCGAUGGAUAAUACGAGGGGAUCUCCGGUGAUGGAAACGCAGGAUCAGCGCUACUAUAGGUAUGGUGCAGACAGCUCCCAAAGUAAUGUAGAAAUGCAAGGUUGGAACUACACAGACUGUGCCUUUACCCCCCACGAUGUUCCCGACUGUAAACAGUAUUACGACGUACAACAACACUCUGUUAACGCAUUUAGCGGUCUAUUAUAAUACUUUUAAGGUUUAAAUUAAUCUGUACAUAUAUAGCAGCAUAGUGUAUAUUGUAAAUAAUAUCAGUCACCGCGUUCCUUAUAUGGAAUUUGUUUGAUCAUUCGUGUUAGUUCCUUUUGUGAUCUUUGUUAUAUGACGUAUGCGAGUUUCAGAUGGCAAAAAAUAAA